UGGGUGCGAGCACGGGGGACCCGUGCGCGCCGCCGCCAUGCGGGAGCGGAGGCCGGCGCCGGCCGCUCCGGCCCGGUGCAAGCUGGUGCUGGUGGGUGACGUGCAGUGCGGCAAGACGGCCAUGCUGCAGGUGCUGGCCAAGGAUUGCUACCCCGAGACCUACGUGCCCACGGUGUUUGAGAACUACACGGCGUGUCUGGCCAGCGAGGAGCAGCGGGUGGAACUGAGCCUCUGGGACACCUCCGGCUCUCCCUACUAUGACAACGUGCGUCCCCUGUGCUACAGCGACUCGGACGCCGUCCUGCUCUGCUUCGACGUCAGCCGCCCCGAGACCCUCGACAGCGCGGCCAAGAAGUGGAAGACAGAAAUCCUGGACUAUUGCCCCAACACGCGGGUGCUGCUCAUCGGCUGCAAGACGGACCUGAGGACAGACCUGAGCACGCUCCUGGAGCUCUCGCACCAGAAACAGGCGCCCAUCUCCUACGAGCAGGGCUGUGCGGCCGCCAGGCAGUUGGGAGCCGAGGGCUACCUGGAGUGCUCGGCCUUCACCUCGGAGAAGAGCGUGCACAGCAUCUUCCGGGCCGUGUCCGGGCUCUGCCUGAGCAGGGCCCCCCCGCAGGCGCCCCGCAGCCCCCCCCGCAGCCUCUCCAAGAGACUCCUGCACCUCCCCAGCCGCUCCGAGCUCAUCUCCUCCACCUUCAAGAAGGAAAAAGCAAAAAGCUGCUCCGUCAUGUGAAGGGGGGAAGGGAUUGACCCCACACACGCACACCCACACCCACUUUUGGGCCCCCACCCCCUCCACAAGCCCCCUGGAAUGGGGUGGGGGGGGGCUGGACAGGGCUCUGGAGUCUGGAGCUUCUCCCCCCACCACCCCUCAAAAGGAGGGUGGGGGGUGCUGCCCUCCCCUGGCAUCAUUGCCCUGCCAGCCCCACAGCCUGGGGGGCUGCCCCUGUGGGAGGGGGGUCUGGGGGGGGUGUCUUCACCCGGUCCCCAACCCAGAAGGGGGUCCCUGGGGGCUUUGGGGUGCACAGGACCCCGGGAACAUCAACCUAGAGGGGUUCCUAUGGGGUUUGGGGUGCCCAGAACCUCAGGGAUGUCAACCCCGAGGGGUCCCUGGGGGUUUUGGGGUGCACAGGACCCUGGGGACAUCAACCCCGAGGGGUCCCUGGAGGGUUUUGGGGUGCCCAGGACCCUGGGGACAUCAACCCCGAGGGGUUCCUAUGGGGUUUGGGGUGCCCAGGACCCCAGGGAUGUCAACUCCGAGGGGUCCCUGGGGGUUUUGGGGUGCCCAGGACCCCAGGGAUGUCAACCCCGAGGGGUCCCUGGAGGGUUUUGGGGUGCACAGGACCCUGGGGACAUCAACUGCGGGGUUUGGGGGACACAGGGACACUGUCCCGGGGGUCCCUGUGGGGUUUGGGGUGCACAUCAUGGGACUCAUCCAUGGACUCAUCCUCUUCUCCCCCAUCCCUCAUCUGCUGCUUGGCCCUGUGGGUUGGGGAGGGGG